AUGGCCGUACCCAUCUCAACCUCCCACGGGCUGCUCCUCGCGGCGGGCGAGCCACCAGCCACGGUCCGCGUCCAAAACAUCCGAUCCACCAUUCAAGGCCCCUCGGACGCCUGGGGGCGACAGGGCCGCCCGCAGCCCAUCAGCAUAUCCGUGACGGUGGGCAUGGCCAAGGCCUUCGGACCAACGUCAUCCGCGGACGCCCUCGCCUCCGACACAGUGCACUACGGGCUCCUCGCCAAAGCCGUCCUCGCGACGCUCACGCGCCUCGACGGCCGAGGAGCCGCGGACCGCCCGCCCACGCUGCCGGCCGUCCUGGACUCCGUAUGGACCGACCUCACGGGCGCCACGCCCGCCGGCACGCCCGCCUCGCCCGCCGGCGGCCCGCCGUUCCUGAAGCUCGAGUCCAUCAGGAGCCUCCAGGUCGAGCUGCGCCUGCCAAAGGCCACGCUGCAAGGCGACGGCGUGCGCCUCACGGCCGCGGCCGUCUUCGCCCACGGCGCCAUGGCCCAGCGCGGCAUCAGGCUCAGCGUGUGCGACCUGCGCAUCCCCAUCCUCAUCGGCGUCAACCCCAACGAGCGGCGCGCGAGGCAGGCCGUCGUCGCCAACGUCGACGUCGACCGCUUCGACGACCCGCGCGACAGCUACUCCUGCCUCGAGGGCGUCAUUGCCACGGCAAUGACAGGCUCGUCCUUUGAGACCGUCGAGGCUCUGCUGGCGGACGUGGCUGCACACGUCGCGGCGUACUUGGCCGAGAAUCAUGCGCAGCCCGCGGACGGAGGCGGCUGGCAGCUCCGGGUUGCGGUAGAGAAGCCCAUUGCCGUGGUGUCUGCCGACGGCCCCUGCGUCGAGUUGCGCGUCAACACGAAUGAUGUCCUUGUCACAAACACAAAGGGCGCGGCUUCGUCGCGGCAAGAUCCGUCCUCGUCAUGA